CCUUACAAAUCAAGAUAUUAGCAAAACCCCAAUUUUAAACCAUCAAUUCUGAUUACAAAAGAGUAUUUUCGAAAAUUCUAAAAACUGAAAAAUCACAAAACAAAAACGUCGCGUGUAAAACUUACACUAUCCACAAACUUACAACCCUCUCAUUUCUCACUUAUCAAUGGCGGGAGCGAAUUCUCUCCCUUCAUCUCGCCUAAUCUUACCGGCAAAAUCUCGUGUCGAAAACUUUUUCCGACGAAAAUUCACCUCCUUAGCCUUCAAAAACUACCGGUGUUUUGCCGGAGCUCAAUCUUCUGCAACUUCAGUAGUUUCGGAAGGUCCUUCUUGUAUUUUGGUUGGUCCUGUUGAAACCGCUAGUCAAGAAACUCUUGAAGCCCUUUAUCGUCAGGCGAAAGAUGCGUAUUAUAGUGGUAAACCCUUGAUAAUGGAUGAUAUGUUUGAUAAAGUUGAGUUGAAAUUGAGGUGGUAUGGUUCAAAAUACGCGGUGAAAUAUCCGAGGUGUAGUUUACGGCGACACUCUACAUAUUCUGAUGCUCAGGAAGACCCUUCGCAGGUGUUUGCUUUGGCAAGCGUCUGGUUUUUGAUACUUGCAUUUGGCGGUUUAGUAUGCCUGGUGCCGGUGCUGUACACCAUAAAUCUAGCUUACCAAGAUACAAUUAUUUCGGAGACAGCACACAGCAGCCAACCAGCAGCAAUAGAGUUUAUUGGCAUGUUGAAUAGUAUACUGUUAAUGUUGCUGGGUUCUGUUAUUGGCUGCCCAAUAGCAUCAGCUUCAGCUCGAGCUCUACGAGGCCUAUGGCGAAAUGAUCUGGUCGCGUUGAAAGGUGCAUGUCCAAGCUGUGGAGAGGAGGUCUUUGCAUUUGUGAAGUCAGAUCAAAGCUUGAAUUCUACCCAUAGAGCAAAUUGUCAUGUAUGCGAAUGCCGGCUUGAAUUCCGUACAAAGGCUGAGUCAUUUUCAAAACUUGGCAGAAGAUGGGUUCAUGGCCGUGUAUACCUCAUCUCUGAAAGGAGAAGUCGUCGGUAUUAAACAGUGACACUCAGGCUGCUGAGAAUCAAACAUGAUCGUGUACAGUAGGAUGAUUCUUUUAAAGUCUAAGCACCAGCUGGAAAUGCAAAACUCAAAGCAAACAUCAAGAAAUGCUUUUCUAAAAUAUUGAUAAUCGGAGACAAGACUGAGCGAAUUUUGUUGCUUUGUGCCUACGUAGUAUAAAUCUCAUAGAAUUAUAGUACAAGAGUAGUUAUACUAUUCAGUUCCUUUUCUUUUCUAUAGGAGCGUGGUUGUUGGGGAUUGAUUGCUCAUUUCUUUCUUUUGUCCAUGAAAAUUGUAUUGGGAUUUGAGAUGCUUGAAGGAGUUACCGAGUUAUAUAUACUCGUCAAGUUUGGUGGUC